GUACGAAAACCCUCCGCACAUCUACGCCCUGGCGGACCAGAUGUACCGCAACAUGUUGAUCGACGGGGAGAACCAGUGUGUCAUCAUCAGUGGGGAGAGUGGAGCUGGCAAGACGGUGGCGGCCAAAUACAUCAUGGGCUACAUCUCCAAGGUGUCUGGCGGGGGCCCCAGUGUUCAGCACGUAAAAGACAUUAUCCUAAAAUCUAACCCUCUCCUGGAGGCCUUUGGGAACGCAAAGACGGUGCGGAACAACAAUUCCAGUCGAUUUGGGAAAUAUUGUGAGAUCCAGUUCAGCCGCGGGGGGGAGCCGGACGGGGGCAAAAUCUACAACUUCCUGCUGGAGAAAUCCCGCGUGGUCAGCCAGAAUUCCGGAGAGAGAAACUUCCACAUCUAUUACCAGCUGCUGGAGGGAGCCAGUCCGGAGCAGCGGGAGAAUUUGGGGAUCACCAGCCCGGAUUACUACUACUACCUCAACCAGUCGGCGGCCUAUAAGGUGGACGACAUGAACGACCGGCAGGAAUUUCAGGAGACUUUGACAGCCAUGGAGGUGAUUGGCCUCUCAGAGGAGGAGCAGGCGCUGGUGCUCCAGAUCGUGGCUGGCAUCCUGCACCUUGGCAACAUCACCUUCCAGGAGUCGGGCAACUACGCCGUGGUGGAGAGCGAGGAUUUCCUGGCCUUCCCCUCCUACCUCCUGGCCAUCGACCAGCAGCGCCUCCGGGAGAAACUGACCAGCCGCAAGAUGGACAGCAAGUGGGGCGGCCGGCAGGAGGUCAUCGACGUCACCCUCAACGUGGAACAGGCCAACUUCAGCCGCGAUGCUCUGUCCAAAGUGCUCUACGCUCGCCUCUUCGACUUCCUGGUGGACGCUGUCAACAAAGCAAUGGAAAAGCAGCACCAGGAAUACAAUGUUGGUGUCCUGGACAUUUACGGCUUCGAAAUUUUCCAGAAAAACGGCUUUGAGCAAUUCUGCAUCAAUUUUGUGAACGAAAAACUCCAGCAGAUUUUCAUUGAGCUGACCCUGAAGGCUGAGCAGGAAGAAUACGUCCAAGAAGGCAUCCGAUGGAGCCCCAUUGAUUAUUUCAACAACAAAGUCGUGUGUGACCUGAUUGAGAAUAAAGUGAACCCCCCGGGGCUCAUGAGCAUCCUGGACGACGUCUGCGCCACCAUGCACGCCAAAGGCGAGGGGGCCGACCACACCUUGCUGCAGAAGCUCCAGUCGGCGCUGGGCACGCACCCCCAUUUCAACAGCUGGAACAAGGGCUUCAUCAUCCACCACUACGCUGGCAAGGUGUCCUACGAGGUGGAAGGCUUCUGCGAACGCAACCGGGACGUGCUGUUCCCGGACCUGGUGGAGCUGAUGCAGAGCAGUGAGAUCCCCUUCAUCCGGGAUCUCUUCCCCGAGAGCCUCAGCACGGAGAAGAAGGGCCGCCCCACCACCGCAGGCAGCAAGAUCAAGAAACAAGCCAACAGCCUGGUCAGCACUCUGAUGAAGUGUAGCCCUCAUUACAUCCGAUGCAUCAAGCCAAACGAAACCAAGAAGUCCCGAGAUUGGGAGGAGAGCCGGGUGAAGCACCAGGUGGAAUAUUUGGGGCUGCAAGAGAAUAUCCGGGUGCGCCGGGCCGGCUACGCUUAUCGGCGAGUCUUCCAGAAGUUCCUCCAGAGGUACGCCAUCCUGACGCCCGAGACGUGGCCAUGCUGGCAGGGCGACGAGAGGCAGGGCGUGGUGCACCUGAUGAAGUCGGUCAACAUGGACCCCGACCAGUUCCAGCUGGGAAGGACCAAGGUCUUCAUCAAAGCCCCCGAAUCGCUUUUCCUCCUGGAGGAGAUGCGGGAACGGCGCUACGACGGCUUCGCCCGGGUGAUCCAGAAGGCCUGGCGCAAACACGUGGCUGUCCGCAGGAACAUGCAGAUGAGAGACGAAGCCUCCAACCUCGUCCUCAACAAGAAGGAGCGCCGUCGCAACAGCCUGAACCGCAACUUCAUGGGUGAUUACAUCGGCCUGGACAACCACCCCGAACUCCGCCGGUUCCUGGGCCGCAGGGAGCGGGUGGACUUUGCCGACACCGUCACUAAGUACGACCGGCGCUUCAAGACGGUCAAGCGGGACCUGAUCCUCACCCCCAAAUUCCUCUACCUGAUCGGGCGGGAGAAAGUGAAGCAGGGUCCGGAAAAGGGGUCCAUCAAGGAAGUGCUGAAGAGGCAGCUGGAGGUGGAGAGGAUCCAGUCGGUCUCCCUUAGCACACUGCAGGACGAUUUCCUCAUCCUCCACGAGUCCCAGUACGACACGGUGCUGGAGUCCGUCUUCAAGACGGAGCUGCUGAGCCUGCUUUUCAAGCGCUAUGGAGAAAGGACCCAGAAGCAGCUGCCCAUCAAGUUCGGCAACCAGCUGGAGUUCAAGGUGAAGAAGGACGGCUGGGGGCCCUGGGCAGCGGCUGGAUCCCGACAGAUCCAAUUCCAGAUCUGCCAGGGGGACCUGGCUCUGCUCCGCACCAACGGCAAAGUGCUGGUGGUCAGCAUCGGGCCGGGCCUCCCCCGCAAUGCCCGCCCAAACCGGAAGGACACCAGGAAAAGCCGGUACUCAGCGGGAGGCCCUGCCCUUGGCUGGAAUGCCCAGACCAGCUCAGGGUCGGCGUGGGGCAGCCACGGCCGGGGGGCCAGGCUCUCCUUCCAGCAGCGUCACUCCAUGACCCGCCAGGGCAGCAUGGAGCAGCCCAGCCUGCCACGCCAGGGCGCCAGCCCACGGGCGAGAGCCUUCCCUGCACCGCUUGACCUGGGCUUCAUGGAUGUCCCUGACCGAGGGGUGGCUGGCCUUCGGCGCCAUCUUAGCAAAGAGGCCAAACCCAUCCCAGGUGGCGGCCGUGCCAAGCCCAAACCCAAGCCCAAGCCGCAGCCGUGCCUUCCCCGGUGCCGGGCUCUGUAUGCCUACGACGCCCAGGACACGGACGAGCUGAGCUUCAACGCGAACGACGUCAUUGAAAUCAUCAAGGAAGAUCCGUCGGGAUGGUGGGAGGGCCGCAUUCGUGGCAAGG